AGCGGCUGACUGCAGCCCAGACAAUAGAAAUAAUAUGGCUGGUUGUACCUGAGAGCUUCGCGGAGCCGCUUCUUUAACCGUAAUUAAUGGUGUACCGAACCCGAGCUGCGGAGCUGAUUGGACCGGACCCGCUCAGCCGCUGAUGGAGCACAUCCGACUGCCGAAGAGUGUGUCUGAUGUAUCCGUGUCCUCCCUGCAGGUGGAGAAUGUCCGGCUGCUGGACAGAGUGUCCCCCAGAAGGAGCAGGGUGGGCACCCUCUACCUGACGGCCACCCACAGCAUCUUCGUGGAGAGCGAGACUGGAGGCCGCAGUGAAACAUGGGUGCUCCACGGUUUGGUGUGCAGCGUGGACAAACAGGCUGCCAGCGCCUCAGGGUGUCCUCUGCUGAUCCGCUGCAAGAACUUCCAGAUUCUUCACUUCAACAUUCCUAGAGAGCAGGACUGUCAGGACGUCCACCUGUCCCUGCAGCGGCUCUCCCAGCCCGAGCGCUACGAGGAACUGUACUGCUUCUCCUACCAGCCCAACGUCGACGAGGAGGCGAGGCGGCGGGAGUGGACCUUCGUUGACCUCAAGGCCGACUUCAGCCGGAUGGGACUCCCGAACGCCCAGUGGAAACUCUCCCCGGUCAACCAACACCAUAAGGUGAGCGACACUUACCCCGCCGAGCUGUUUGUACCCGACUCCGCCGCGCCCCCGGUGCUGGUGGGCAGCUCCAAGUUCAGAAGCAGAGGCCGAUUCCCCGCCCUGUCCUAUUACUCCAAAGAAAACCAUGCUGCCAUCUGCCGCAGCAGCCAGCCCCUGUCGGGUUUCAGCGCUCGCUGCCUGGAGGACGAGCAGAUGCUGGAGGCCAUCUUGAGGUCCAAUCCCCGCAGCGACUUCAUGUAUGUGGUGGACACCAGGCCCAAGGACUUCCUGGUUGUGCGCAAGGUUUCCUGUGACAUGGAGGCUGAAAUGAACCGGUGUGGGUGCCCGUGUGUGUGUGUUGUCUUGUCUCUUCAGUUGAACGCGAUCGCGAACAGGGCGGCAGGAAAAGGCUACGAGAACGAAGACAACUACUCCAACAUAAAGUUCCAGUUCAUGGGGAUCGAGAACAUCCACGUCAUGAGGAACAGCCAGCAGAAAAUGCUGGAAGUGUGCGAGCUUCGUUCUCCCUCCAUGUCUGACUUCCUGGAGGGCUUGGAGAGCUCAGGCUGGCUGAAGCACAUCAAAGCUGUUCUGGAUACCGGCGUCUUCAUCGCCAAGGCUGUUGCAGAAGGCAUCAGUGUCCUGGUCCACUGUUCAGACGGGUGGGACCGCACAGCCCAGGUGUGUUCAGUGGCCUGCGUGCUGCUGGAUCCCUACUACAGGACCCUGAAAGGACUCAUGGUCCUCAUUGAAAAAGACUGGGUCUCAUUUGGACACAAGUUCACUCAAAGAUGCAACCAGUUGGCGGGAGACCCAAAAGAGGUGUCUCCGAUUGUCGAUCAGUUCCUGGAGUGCGUGUGGCAGCUGAUGGAGCAGUUCCCCUGCGCCUUCGAAUACAACGAGAAUCUCCUGAUCACGAUUCACAGCCACAUCUACUCCUGCCAGUUCGGGAACUUCAUCGGCAACAACCAGCGGGAGAGGAGAGAGCUCCGUGUUCACGAAAAGACUCACUCUUUGUGGAGUUACCUUUGGACGAACCGCGCAGAGUUCAUCAACCCCCUGUACAGACAGAACCACAGCCAGUCUCAAGGACUCCUCCGACCGUCUACCGCCCCCUACUGCUUUAAAUUUUGGAGAGGGCUGUACAACCGGUUUGACCGCGGGAUGCACCCCCGACAGUCGGUGGAGGAUUAUUUGAGGGUCAUCCGGGAGGAGACGCAGCAGCUGGAGGAGCAGCUGGAUUCCCACAAGCAGAAAAUAGCCGAGCUGGAGCAGGAACAGGAGUGGAGCCACGUCCACAAAGCUGCCGUGUUUGAUCAGAGCUUGACGGCGCGGGCCCUCGGGAAGAACCUCGAUCUGGCCAACACUCCUCAAGACUACACCGGCGGCCUCCUCGCCGGCACUCCCGUGGCGGCGGACGGCCCGCUGAUCCUCGCGCCGCAGGAUCCCGACCAGACGGCGGACCCCAACCUCUCCAACGGCAGCGACCCGGAGUCCGGGAUCGCAGACGUGAGCUGCCGCUCCCCCCUCAGCGAGGACAGCGCCAGGGACCCGGACUCGGACGAGGCGGCCUACUCGGCCGCCUGAGCAAAAACGCAGCAAACGCCCCGGGGUUUGAAAACAUCACUCCGACAAACGGCUGCGCGUCCAACUUUCGUUUUUAGUUUACAGUGAUUCUGGGCAGCGCCUGGUUUCCCACAAUCCCGAAGCUGUAGCUGACUCCCGUUUUUUUGUAGUGUACAGAAAAGGAAAAGUACAUCGCUGAAUAUUUUUAAGCUGUCUAAUCUGAUCUUCCACGAAGGCGUAAUAAUUAAGAUCGACUUACAGAGACUAAAGGAAGCCAUAUGAACGUCCAUGCCUGUUUGUAGAAUGCGAUCGUCCAGAAAGUUUAACUACAAAGUGUUUAUGCCCCUUUCACCUUUUCCCAUUUUGUCACAUUACAACCGCAAACUUCAGUCGAGGUUUCAUUUGAUAAACCAAAGUGGAAGUUGGUUUUUUUUGUGUUUGUUUACAGAUUGAAAUAUUUGGCUGAACUUUUUUCUGAAAAGUAGCUCAAGCGUAGUCAGGUUGGACGAACAGCAUCUGUGAACGAAAACGUCCCACAAAAGUCUUCCCGCAAAUACUGAAUUUAUGUCUGGGCUUUGACUAGGCCAUUCGAUCUCAUAAAUAUGCUUUUACUUUAUGUUCAGGGUUUUCGUCAUGCUGGAAGUUAAACCUCCUCCGCAGGUUUUAGCCUUAUCCGUCUUCCCCUCGGUUUUUUUUUCCCCAUCAGAGAAAAGCGUGCCCACGGCAUGACGCUACGACUACCGCUACAUUUCGCUCUGUAUUCAUUUUCAAUGCGUCAAAGUUCAGAGCGGGAACCUGGCAGAAUCCGAAUAAACUCCAGAUGAACGACGCGUUUGCAGGGAUCCGUCCACCGGCACCAGAGGAACAAACCGCACCUGAUUUGUUCCCACGCGAAAUCAGAAACGCAGUCAGACGGAGAAGAGACUCGAACUGAAUCUGAAUCGGCAACAAACGUGUUUUGUUGAUGCUGUGAAACAUCCAUUGUUGUUUGUGUGGCACAUUGUUCUCAUUAAUGUUGCUGUGCGUCCUACACCUGAGGCUUCUAGCUUCGCCUGGAGAGCAAUAGUUGUCUUGUUGAAUAUUUAUUAUUUAAUGAAUGUCAGAGAUAUUACAGGACCACGGCGGCUGAGUGGAGGAAGUGAUGGGAGCACGUGAACACAAACAUAUUGCUUCCUUUAGAUUAGUAAUUCACCUUACAAAGUAUUUUUUCUACUAUAGACACUAUUAAACUAUUUGUUUUAAAUCUGCUGUAUUUUUAAGUGUGGAUCAUAUAUUACUGUGCAAUUAUACGAUGAAACAAGAGAUGAUAAACCAAUGCAUGGCAGCAUAUUUUUGUACUAUGACCUAUUAUUUUUGUUAUAGUUUUAUGUUAAAUGCCUGUUGUUGUUUUGUUUUUUUUAUUUGUUUUUUUUGUCAGUGGAACAAAAGUAUCAGUCGAAUUGAAUGUUGCAUUUAUUUAUAUACCUAUAUAUUUAAAAAAAAGCUUUACAGAUUUUCACCAGUGGUUUUAUUGGUUCGGGUAAGCAAAAACCAACUACAACUGCUAUAAAUGUAAUGGUAUGGAAACAUCGUGUGAAAUAAAUAUAACAUUAUACGUA